AGCUGCCUGCUGCUGCUGCAGCUCGUGGAUAUGGUGCCAGCCCUGGCUCUGUGCACAGACUCUCAGCUCUGAGGAUUUAGGGGCAGCAGAGCCCCCAGCUGUGGAGCACGCUCCCCCAGCUACCCCAGCACGGAGGGGCUGCAGCUCUGGAGAGUUACUAUGCAGCUUGGACUGCUUGUGGUGGUGGUUUUUCUGAGCUCCAUGGAUCCAACAGGCAGCAGCAAGGUGGUGAAGGGCAAGAGGCAAAGACGAAUCAGCACGGAGCUGAGCCAGGGCUGUGCCAGGGGCUGUGACCUGUGCUCCGAGUUCAACGGGUGCCUGAGGUGCUCCCCCAAACUCUUCAUCCUCCUGGAGCGCAACGACAUCCGGCAGAUCGGGAUUUGCCUGCCCUCCUGUCCCCUGGGCUACUUCGGCCUUCGCAACACGGACAUGAACAAGUGCAUCAAAUGCAAAAUUGAGAACUGUGAGUCGUGUUUCAGUCGAAACUUUUGCACAAAAUGUAAGGAAGGUUUGUAUUUGCACAAAGGGAGAUGUUACGUGACGUGCCCCGAAGGCUACGCUGCUGCCAACGGCACCAUGGAGUGCAGCAGUCCUGCACAAUGUGAAAUGAGUGAGUGGGGUCCGUGGGGCCCCUGCUCCAAGAAAAGGAAGCUCUGUGGCUUCAAGAAGGGCAAUGAGGACCGGACCCGGCGGAUCCUGCAGGCGCCCUCUGGGGACGUGUCCCUGUGCCCGGCCACCACGGAGGUGCGGCGCUGCACGGUGCAGAAGAGCCAAUGCCCCGAAGGGAAAAGGAAGAAAAAGGAAGAGCAAGGAAAGCAAGAUAAUGGGAACAGAAAUAGGAAAGACACCAAAGACACAAAGUCUGGCACCAAGAAGAGGAAGAACAAACAGAGAGGGGCCACGGUGCCCGCGACGGCCGCCAGCCCUGCCCAGUAGCUGGCAGCGUGUCAUGGAUGGCAAGACUCCAUUGCUGCUAUGUAUAUGAAAGCUUUAUUGAACAGAGCACUGCUACACCAUGUAACGUGUCCAGAGACAGACAUAUACUCCAGACUGACCCACGGACUGACAGAGGCCACACACACACCCUGAAGGAGGCUGCACACACACACCCUGCCCAGGGCAGUGGGAGAAUGCUGCUGAGGAGUGGGAGCAAAGCCACAGCGUCCCCAGGGCUCUGUGGGGACACUGCAGGGAGGAGAGGUGGAGCAUGAGCCACUGAAGGACCCAGACACGGGAUUGAUUUCAUAAUCAAGGCCUCAAAUGGAGCCCAAGCACACAGCCCCACUCAGCCAGGGGAUGAGACUGAACCCCCCAGACACACACAGCAGGGGCCUCUUUCUCUUCCCUCACCCCUUAUUUUGUGUUUUAAGCUGUAUGACUUUAUCAUUGCAAAUACAUGUUUGUGGUAAGAGGUCAGUGGCAUCUGCCCUGAAUCUGCUUCAAAGAAUUAUUUCAAAUUAAAAAAAAACAAAACCCAAAAUCAAAAUGACAACCAGCUUCCUGAGUGUGUGGUUCAUACCUUGGCCCCUAUGGAGGCUGGUGUCCCACAGGACAGAGACUCACUUGUGGAAGGGAAACUCACCAAAGCUUUAAGAAAACCCCAGGAAAUGCUGCCAGCACAAAUCAGCCAUCCUGCAAGAGGGACCUGAGCCCCGAGGAGCUCCCCACUGAAGGAUCCACUUAACACACAGCAGAUUGAGAAAAUGAGAGGUUCCAACAAACCACAGGUUGCUGAAACAUUUUUUUUGAAUGCAUACAGACUGUGACUGGGGUCUGCUCCAGCACCCAUGGGCAGUG